CCAGUCUGCUCUGGAAGCAGCGAAAGGUGGAGAUAUUUUCCCCCAUCACACGCUAGUCACAAACACACACACACAUACACACACACACCCCCAAUAUAAACACAAAAAGCGACACAAACGGGACCCAUACGAACGCAUAAGGAGUAUGGACCUGAGCCUGCGAGAUGCUCUGGGUGGCGGUGGAGGUGGGGCCCCGGCUGAGGCCCUGCUGAAGAAAGACUUUGUGGCCUCGCUGGAGAAAGAGAGUUAUGAUGACAAGGUGGGAGAGACGGUUUCCAAAGCUGACUACAGACCCUUGCUGGAUGGAAAGGACACCAAGAGCAGCCCUGGGAUGAUGUCAACAAUGAUGACAUCUAGUGGACGCCAAGACCCACCGGGACAGACCGCCUUUGGAUCUGACUACCUGUCGGGUUUCUCUCAGUCUGGGGUGGGUGGGACCAUGGGGUCCAGCUUGCCACCAUUCCAGACCACUAUGAGCUCCAGUUUUGGACAGACUGGGAUGAGUCCGGCUAUGGACACCCAGAAGAGCUCAGGCCUGUUUGGUAUGGAGAACAAAACCAGCAGUAACGUCAGUGGGAGCGGUCCUUUUAACACCACCAAUCCGUUUUCAACCAGUGGCCCAGGAAUCCACUCCAUGGAUCACUCUGCAGUGAAUCUUGACAAUAAGGACAAGCAGGGGAAGACAAACGUUGUCCCCAGCAAGCCAGACAAGCUCGACUCCUCAGACAAGAAGGAAGAGCAGCAGAAGGACAACAACGCUGACAAAAAUCAAAAGCCCGAGAAAAUCCUCAAAAAUGAGGAAAAGGUGGAGAUGAUAAACGCAGAGAAAAACGACAAGGCCAACGAGAAGCCAGAGAAGGUGGACAAGCCAGAGAAGACGAACAAAGACAAGAAGGAGGAAGAGAAAAAGGGGUCUGAGAAGAAAGAGGAGAAGGGAGGAAAAGGAACGGCCAAGUCUCCCACAGGCAACGGCAGCAAGACUGUGGCGAGCCCUGACGGCAAGAGCAAGCCUGAUGUGGGUUCAACCAAAUCAAACUCGGCCAAAUCGCGUCCAUCCACUCUCUCUACCAAUAAUGUGGCCAACUCGGCCAAACGCCCCUCCCCCACCACAGCUAAUAAAAAAAGUCCCGCGCCGAAGGCGACCACACCCACCGCUGCCAAGCGUCCGCCAACAGCAGCUGCCCCCACCAAGGCUGCCAAGGUGCAAAUCUUGAACAAGAAGGUCGACGUGAGCAAAGUGACCUCCAAAUGUGGCUCCAAGGACAACAUGAAACACAAGCCAGGCGGUGGCGACGUGAAGAUAGAGUCCCAUAAGCUGAGCGUCAAGGCUAAGUCUAAGAUCGGGUCCCUGGACAACGUAGGACAAGGCAACGGGCAGACCAAUGGACACAAGGAAGAGAAAACAGGGGAGAAGACGCCUCCACCCCCGAGUGUUGCUCCAACAACAGGAUCGGCAGACGUUACUAAGGCAACAGCACCAGGAGGCGUUGUUAAGGAAAAUGGCAUGAAGGAGCCCACACCCACUCCUUUUGGGGGAGAUGGACUGAGGGAGCCUAUUAGCAUAGACAAGCGCAUUACUGAGACAAACUGAUUCCCAGUGACCUGGGGAUUCUGGUGGGACGUGCAUGACGCCCCCCUGACCUGCCAGUCGACAGACCAACCAACCCAACACGGCGCAGUCACCUCCCACUGGCCUUCUCCUUCAGUUCUCCCACUGCAGCAUCGAAUUCACCGAUCGCCACCCAGCGUUUCUCUGAGGUUCGCCCUGCCAGCUUCUUGCUACCAACCCUGACCUUUGACCUCUCAGCAACCCCGAGUUGACUUUGACCCUGCUAACUACAAAGAAGACCACUUGGUGUUUGUCUUUAUGUCUCUGUGUGGGGGUUAUCGGAUUAAAAAGAUCCUAAUUACUACUGAUAUAGUUCACCUCUACUCAAUAAUCCUAACCACCCAAACACAAGAAGCACCACUGAGUAUACUGAGCAGAACCACGUAUAUUAUAUUGUUCAACCUUCGACUCUAGAAACUGUUUAAACACUUUGUUCCCGUCUCCGAGAAAGGUCUGCACAUUCUGAAAACUCCUUUAUUUCCCUGUCUUGUUGGUAGAACCGUGUUAUUACUGCUCUUUGUCCCAAGUUCAGUCCAUCAGACAUCAGUCAGUUUCACCGAGUCACUUUUAUUGCCAUUCUGCACCUCGGUACACAUUUUAAAAGACCUCUCGUGGUAUUACUCCAGUUUUUCUCCUUAAAAUUGAA